AUGGCAGCCCUCAUCAGCGCGUACUCGUCGUGGCCGGAGUCCUUCGAGUGUCCUCCAGGAGAUGGAGACGUGACCGACGGACACGGCCCGCACAGGACACCCGUGGACAAAGCGCCCGAGCCGCGGAUCCGACGGCCCAUGAAUGCGUUCAUGGUGUGGGCGAAGGAUGAGCGCAAACGGUUGGCGGUUCAAAACCCAGACCUGCACAAUGCCGAGCUCAGCAAAAUGUUAGGCAAAUCCUGGAAGGCCCUGACUCCCCCACAGAAGAGGCCCUACGUGGAGGAAGCAGAGAGGCUUCGUGUGCAGCACAUGCAGGACUACCCCAACUAUAAGUACCGGCCACGCAGGAAGAAACAGCUGAAACGCAUCUGCAAGCGUGUGGAUCCAGGUUUCCUCCUGAGCGGGCUGGGUCCUGAUCAGAACGCCCUGCCUGACCAGCGAGCCCUGUGUCACCCCCUCGACAAAGACGAGGGCGGCGCAAAUGGUGUCAGCAGUGGGUUUUCUAGUCCGAGCCCUGCUCUGCCCAGCGUCAGAAGCUUCAGAGACCCCACUGGCUCCAACAGCAGCUUCGACACCUACCCCUAUGGCCUGCCCACACCUCCUGAGAUGUCCCCCUUAGACGCCAUGGACCACGAGCAUGUACCCUCCUCAUAUUACCCGUCCGGGAGCUCCUCUGUGUCCUGCUCUUCUUCAGCUUCCUGUCCAGAUGAGCACCACCAGAGUCAGCCACACAUGGGCAGCCCACCCCCUUACCACACUGACUACACUCAGACCCAAAUCCACUGUGGGGGCCCACACAUCGCUCACAUCCCUCAUAUGUCCCAAACUGGUAGUAGCAGUGGGCUGAUCCACGGGCCUCCGCUGUCUUAUUAUAGCACCUCAUCUUUUCCUCAGAUUCAUCACGGGCUCCAUCAGGGCCACCUGGGUCAGCUGUCCCCACCACCAGAGACUCAGGGUCACCUAGAGACUCUAGACCAGCUGAGCCAGGCUGAGCUUCUGGGCGAGGUGGACCGCAAUGAGUUUGACCAGUACCUGAACUCCACCGGGACCGGGUUCCACCCCGAGCAGGGCGGCGGCAUGACUGUAACGGGACACAUCCAGGUGGCGUCAGCUGCCACCGCCUCUGCCGCCGCUUGUCCUAACAGCACCACAGAAACCAGCCUCAUCUCUGUGCUGGCGGACGCUACGGCAGCAUACUACAACAACUAUGGCAUCUCGUAAGCCUGCUUCCAGAACCCAUUAGACUUUUGACUGAUCAGAGACACUACAGGGUUUCAGAUGGGUGAAGAUGAGUUGGGAUGAUGUUGCACUUUUGGGUGCUAUAGCAAGGAAAAGAUGUACCAUGAAAUUUCAAAGCUCCUUAACACAGCACCUACGGGCAACUUCAUCUUUAACAUUCUGAACUGAUUACUGAGCAAUAUGAUUGUCUAGAGCCGAGAAAAGAACAAAGAGCAAUUGGAGGUAUCUGGAGAAAAAGGAGAUGGACACCUCAGGGAUGCAGACACAAAAUACUAUAGUAUGUCACCUCCAGUUGUCAUGAAAUUUCUAAAACCAGAAGAACAAUCGUAAAGACUUGUUGUCCACUUGUAAAUGUCACCAGUUACUGUUGCCGCUGUGGCGUGUACAGAUGCUCUUUCCAAGCUAAUUUAAGUCUUUUGAUGUUCCGCAUUAAUGCUAACUGUAAUGCUGUUAUCAACGCUUUCCAUUCGAAUGUUUGUAUUAUAUGUUCUCGCUCUCAUUAGUUUGGGAGUCUUACCUCAGUAGUUGUAAUUGAAUGAGGUUUUAGUUGGAUAUUUCUUAUGCAAUUUAACAAAAACGGUGUAUAAUGAAGAAAAAAGGCGUUUAUACUUCUUCUCAAGUACUUAAUAAUAUAUAAUCGUAACCUCUACAAUGAAGAAUAAUAAUGGUAACUAUAGAGUAUGCUGAUUUAGGUUUGUGAAAGACAGUAAUUUAAAAUAAAGUUCAAUUUUUAUAUUAAUGCAGUUGUUACUUGCUUCCACACAUUUAAUAGGUAAUACCGUGCAGUCCUCGACAUAACAAUUAUUUCUUCGAUAUUUCAUUUAUUGCACCUAAACAGCGUUAAUACAUCUUUGAGAAUUAAUAUACCUAAAAAUGAAACACAAUUCUACUCAUUCAUGGACUUAAGUAGUACAAUCACAAUCAGAUUCUUUAUUAAAAACAAAAUAAAUGGGAUUCUUUUUUUUUUUUUUAACACCCCACUCAUGUUUUUGAUGGUGUAUGCUUCUCUCCAAAGUGACCCGCCAAUCUUUGAUUUAAGUGUCACACCAUGUAUUCUUCUAUUUCAGUCUCUUUUGAGCUGUUAUACAGCAAGUGGCCCACUCUGACACCCACUCCCCACUUGCUUUUUCCACCCUCCAUCAUCCUACUCCAUCCGUCUCCUCUCGCUUUCAUUUCAUCCCGGUUCAGAGGAUUAGUGUAAAACAGGCACAGCCAUCGCCACACGCCUCCAUCUCAGCCGUCCUUUGUUUUCCUGGAGUCUUAUUCUGGGUGCCAUUCUUAGGCACUCCGGACCCCCCAUCCCACCCUCACCCCACCCCAUACCCCUUCCACCCCACGUUCUAUCUUGCUGAUGCAGACCUUUCGUAAUCUGUGCAGAAU